ACAUUUUUUUGUCUGCACGUGUAAAUAUAAAACUUGAAGCCGUAGAGAAUAUUUCAAUUAGUUUUAUACCAUAAAUACAAAUAAAUUAAAAAAUAUGGGUCAAGAAAAGCCAAAAUUGUAUAUGGACGAAUAUAAGCUGAAGCAGGAUCCACAAGACUAUGGCUUGGCUGACGAUCCCGUCGACAUUGAAACAUUUAAGAAAAAAAUGCAAAUUAUUGUUGUCAGAUACGAAAACAAUGAACUGGAAUUUGAUAUGAUUGGUGUACAUCCUGCCAUUGCUAAUGCUUAUAGGCGUUUAAUGUUAAGCGAAGUUCCCAGCAUGGCUUUUGAAAAGGUUUUCAUAUACAACAAUACCUCCAUAAUACAGGAUGAAGUUUUGGCUCAUCGCAUCGGUUUGAUACCGGUCAAGGCGGAUCCGCGUUUAUUCGAAUACCGCAGUGAAGAAGAUGAACAGGGAACAGAACUGGACACUUUGGAAUUCGAAUUGAAAGUAAAGUGCACACGACGCAAGGACGUUAAAGAUUCUUCCAAUUUCGAAACCAUCUACAAGAAUCAUAAAGUGUAUUCGGGACAAAUAAAAUGGCUGCCCAGAGGCAAACAAGCUCAAUUGUAUUCAGAAUCGGAUGUGGGUUGUAUACAAGACGAUAUUUUGAUUUCACAAAUGAGACCAGGUCAUGAAUUUGAUUUGAAAUUGGUAGCUGUUAAGGGUGUUGGCAAAGAUCACGCAAAAUUUUCACCUGUUGCCACCGCCUUUUAUCGCCUUUUGCCAGAGAUUAAACUUAAGCGAGAGGUUAAGGGAAAGGAUGCCAUUUUGUUGCAAAAGUGUUUUUCUCCUGAAGUUAUAGGUAUUGAUGAUGAUGAGCGGGCAUACGUUAAAAAUGCACGUUAUGAUACAUGCAGUCGCAACGUCUAUCGCUAUCCCGAAUUGGCCGACUCAGUUGAAAUGUCAAGAAUCCGUGAUCAUUACAUAUUUUCUGUUGAGUCUGUGGGAGCUCUGAAACCAGACGUUAUAUUUGUUGAAGCCGUAAAAGUUUUAAAGAAAAAAUGUCGCAAAUUUUUGGAUGAAAUAGAAGCAGCAUAAAAUUAAAAAAUUAGUAAUAAUUUUAAGUAAUAUAUAAUAAAAUUUGUUAAAAAUAUAAAUAUACAUACAUAUAUUUUACAAACAAGAA